AUGUUGUCCUGUGGGAUGUCUUGCGUGAAGUAUUUACUGUUCUCUUUCAACAUUUCUGGUAUGGUAAUUGCUUUAUUUGCUCUUCAUGAUAUAUCGUAUUAUGAUCUAUUCUUUGGUGGAAGUGUUCUUGCUGGAUGUAUGCUGCUAGUUACGGUUGGAGUCAUUGUUUUUAUAGUUGCAUUCUUUGGUUGCUAUGGAGCACUGAAGGAAAAUCGUUGUAUGGUAAUUACAUUUUCAGUGCUACUUUUCAUCAUCUUCAUUAUGGAAAUAGAUGGGGGUAUAACAGCUUAUGUCUUGAAGGAUGUUUUGAGAGAUGAGAUAGAUACUCAGUUAAAUAGCACACUUUCUACCUACAAAAACUAUGAAGAUAUUCGAAGAUCAUGGGACAUCUUGCAAACAGAUUUCCAUUGUUGUGGUGUCAAUGGACCUGAUGACUGGGCUAAAGCAAGUUUGAAGAUACCUACCUCAUGCUGUGAUGGCCAUGAUGUUAAUGAGCCAUGUAAAGAAUCAGUAUAUCAGAAAGGUUGCGUGGACUUCCUUGAAAAGUUCAUCAGUCAGCAUGCUGUAAUUGUUUGUGGCGUUGGAGUAGGAAUUGCUUUCAUUCAGGAGGUUGGCAUAAUUCUAGCAUGCUCCUUGGCAGAGUCAAUUAAAAAAAGAUACCAGGCUCUGUGA